AUGGUGUCUCCUAAGACCAACUGGUGCUUAGGUUACGCCAUGCAGAUCGACAAGAUUUUGCUUCAUCUAAAUAUUCCUACCGGGCCAGCCGCUAAGGGUAAAGAACCCAAAGUAAAGGAACCUAAGGAAAAGAAACAACUAAAGGUGAAAAAAACAAAAGGGAAGGCCAAAAAGGGUAAAAGAAAGACUCGUGUCGAGUCUACCGCCAGUGCGGCAAGCCGCUCUAGAUCAAAGGGAACCCCUCUCCCAGAACAAUCCGUUCACAAUGAGGUAAAUAUUCCUACUUCCUCUUCUAUUCAUGUUGUCAAGGACACUGCAACUAUGCCGGUUGAGCUUGCUACCUUAGAUGUUCAACCGAUAGUGUUAGAUGGCAUUAAUAACGUUGUGGAUGGAAUCAAUCGGAUGGAAGAAACCAAUGUGACUAGUAAUGUUGAUGCAACUGGUCAGAAUGUUGAAACUGACCGGGCAGGUUCUGAAGAUGAUCGACACACCGAUCUUGAGCAAGAAAAAGCCAAGGAGCCGACAAAAUCAAAUGAAGAUCAGGAGAUGAACCAUACCGAAACCGGAGUCAAUCCAGGUCUUCAUGAGGAGGAAGUGAUUGUUGAAGAUUUAGUUGAAACACCGGGCCCUCAAGAUAAAGAGCAAGAGGCCGAAAAUAUUGUGAACGAAAUUCUGAAGGAGGUUGAUGAAAGGGCACUGCACACUUCCAACAUGUUCUAUGUAUGGGCCAAUACAAGAAUGGAGAUUAGUUUAAAAAAUGAUCUUCCUGAGAUACCGGAGGAGAAAAAAUGGUCGGAGCGAUUUGGAAGAAGUGGAUUUUGUUUUGGCAAACACAACCUCUGUCCACGAAGCCUUAUCAAGAUAUUCCGUCGUCGAAGCUAA